CGAGGCCGCGAUGCCCUCAUCUCUACUUUUUGAAUUUCAUGUGACCUGUUUGUAUUAUUUUUCUAAAAAUUAAACAUGUAAUAAAUAUGUGCCCCCAGAAAAGAAUCAAAAAAAGGAAGAAUUUAAAGGGGAAGGGGAUAGUCCUUCCAGGAUGGAAGAGUUCACUGGACAAAGGCUUAGGAGUGUGACCCACCACAGAGCCCUGCACUGGGAGUCUGGCUGUUGGACUUAAGCCCCUGCCCUGCAUCUUUCUUACUGGGUAUUCAUGUCUCUGAGCCCCACUGCUUCAAUUAAAACAGACAGGGAUGGUUAUUUCUGCCUCCGAGGGACUCGGGAGCAUAACAUUCAGUCAUGAAGAUGAAAGUGCAUAUCACAGGGCCUGCCUGACUGGUUCUCCCUAACUUUGCACCCUUAGCCAAUUGUCCGCUGUGCCGAAUGUAAGGCUCCUUAUCAGAAAGCUUCCAGUGAGGAACUGGUCUUCUGGAGACUGUGCGUGGCAUAGAGUGAUUCAACCACCUUCUUAAGAAGACCUCUGGCUUUCCUGGAACACAGAUGUUGAGACAUCUCCCAUGGGUUUGUGAUCAGCGUUGCAGCUCUCCCAGCAGCCCUGGACGGUGGCCCCCAGCCGCCGGCAUGUGGCUGCCACGCUUCUCCAGCAAGACAGUGACGGUGCUCCUCCUGGCACAGACCACCUGCCUCCUGCUCUUCGUCGUCUCCCGGCCAGGGCCCUCAUCCCCAGCCGGCCGCGAGGAGCGUGUGCAUGUGCUGGUGCUAUCCUCGUGGCGCUCGGGCUCGUCCUUCGUGGGCCAGCUCUUCAGCCAGCACCCCGACGUCUUCUACCUGAUGGAGCCCGCGUGGCAUGUGUGGACCACCCUGUCGGGGGGCAGCGCCGCAACGCUGCACAUGGCCGUGCGCGACCUGAUGCGCUCCAUCUUUUUGUGCGACAUGGACGUGUUUGAUGCCUACAUGCCACAGAGCCGAAACCUGUCCGCCUUUUUCAAGUGGGAAACGAGCCGCGCGCUAUGCUCGCCGCCCGCCUGCAGCGCCUUUCCCCGAGGCACCAUCAGCAAGGAGAACGUAUGCAGGACACUGUGCCCGCGGCAGCCCUUCAGCCUGGCCCAGGAGGCCUGCCGCUCCUACAGCCAUGUGGUGGUCAAGGAGGUGCGCUUCUUCAACCUGCAGGUGCUCUACCCGCUGCUCAGCGACCCCGCGCUCAACCUGCGCAUCGUGCACCUGGUGCGCGACCCGCGGGCCGUGCUGCGCUCCCGGGAGGCAGCGGGCCCGCUACUGGCACGCGACAACGGCAUCGUGCUGGGCACCAACGGCAAGUGGGUGGAGGCCGACCCUCACCUGCGCCUGAUUCGCGAGGUGUGCCGCAGCCACGUGCGUAUCGCCGAGGCCGUCACUUUCAAGCCGCCACCCUUCCUGCGCGGCCGCUACCGCCUGGUACGCUUCGAGGACCUGGCGCGGAAGCCGCUGGCAGAGAUCCGCGCACUCUACGCCUUCACCGGCCUGACCCUCACGCCACAGGUCGAGGCCUGGAUCCACAACAUCACCCACGGGUCGGGGAUUGGCAAGCCAGGCGAGGCCUUCCAGACUUCGUCUAGGAAUGCGCGCAACGUCUCCCAGGCCUGGCGCCACGAGUUGCCCCUCACUAAGAUCCUGCGCGUGCAGGAGGUGUGCGCCGGCGCGCUGCAGCUGCUGGGCUAUCGGCCUGUGUACUCUGCGGACCAGCAGCGUGACCUCACCCUGGAUCUGGUGCUGCCGCGAGGCCCAGACCACUUCAGCUGGACAUCGCCUGACUGAGAACUCUGGGCCUUAGAGCAGGCCCCGAAUUGUGGUUGCCAGGCCCAGGAGGCGACUGCAUGGUGGAGAGGGAGCUGGGGCGCAUGGGGAAGCAGGUCCCUACUAUUAACUGGGAGUUUGGGGUCCUCCCCUGAAGUAGGCAAGGACUGCACGUUUCUUUCUCUCCUGAUUCUCGGUUUUCCUUUGAGUCCUCUGGAGCCGCCUUCUCAUCUGGUGCACUCUUCAUGGAAAGCAAGUCUUGCCCCUACCUCUUCUGGGCACAGGGAGUAAGUUCUGCUAAAUUAAAUUAAAUGUGUGCCAGGCCUGGCGUGGUGGCUCAUGCCUGUA